AUGCUGCGCCCGGACGCCGGCAGCCGCCGGCGGCAGGGCUUCAAGAAGGGCGUGGACGCGGAGGAGGGGCGGCGGAGGCGGGAAAGCAACAUCGUGGCGCUGAGGAAGAACAGGCGCGAUGAGAACCUGCAGAAGAAGCGGAUGGUCAACACCGACCAGCCGGCGGCGGCUAGCGAGCUGGCGGACUACGCGUACAGCCCCACGACUGGGCUCAGCCAGAAAGUGCUGGAUGAGCUGCCGGCCAUGGUGGCAGGGGUGUGGAGCGACAAUCCGCAGGAGCAAUACGACGCCACCACCAAGUUCAGGAAGUUGCUGUCCCUGGAGCGGAACCCGCCGAUCGAGGAGGUGAUCAAGCAGGGCGUCAUCCCGCGCUUCGUCACGUUCCUGCGGUGCCAGGACUUCCCAAAGCUUCAGUUUGAGGCGGCCUGGGCUCUGACAAACGUGGCAUCGGGCACAUCCGAACACACCAAGGUGGUGAUUGACAACAAUGCAGUACCAAUCUUUGUGGAACUCCUGAGCUCCAGCAACGAUGACGUCAGAGAACAGGCAGUAUGGGCUCUUGGUAACAUCGCAGGUGACUCGCCCAAGUGCCGAGACCUGGUCUUGCAGCACAAUGCUCUGUGGCCACUGCUGGAGCAACUCAAGGAGACCUCAAAGCUCUCCAUGCUUCGAAAUGCUACCUGGACACUUUCAAACUUCUGUCGGGGGAAGCCUGCCCCUGACUUUGAGCUGACGCAACAUGCACUUCCUGCACUUGCCCGGCACAUUCACAGCACCGAUGAGGAGGUUCUGACAGACGCUUGUUGGGCCCUGUCAUACCUUUCCGAUGGUGACAACAAUAAGAUUGAAAAGGUCAUCCAGGCAGGGGUGUGCAGGAGGCUUGUGGAGUUGCUCAUGCACCCGACGGCUGGCGUGCUUGUUCCUGCCCUUCGAACUGCAGGCAACAUUGUCACAGGCGACGAUGCCCAGACGCAGGUCAUCAUCAACUGCGGUGCCCUUUCCUGCCUGCUCAACCUCCUCACAACCAGUCACAAGAAGAGUAUUAAGAAGGAGGCAUGCUGGACCAUCUCCAACAUCACCGCUGGCACACAGGAGCAGAUCCAGGCUGUGAUUGAUGCCAACAUCAUCCCGCCUCUCAUCCACCUACUGGGCACUGCAGAGUUUGAUAUCAAGAAGGAGGCUGCUUGGGCAAUCAGUAAUGCGACGUCUGGCGGCGCCCCGGAACAGAUCAAAUUCCUGGUCAGCCAGGGCUGCAUCAAGCCUCUCUGUGACCUGCUGACUGCAGCUGAUGCCCGGAUCGUCAUGGUAGCCAUGGAGGGCCUGGAGAACAUCCUGAAGGUUGGUGAGGAGGAGAAGCCCAUGCAAGGCGGCACCAACCCAUUCACCAAGUUCAUUGAGGAUGCCGAUGGGCUGGACAAGAUCGAGCAGCUGCAGGAACACCAGAAUGAGGACAUCUAUGACAAGACUGUGAGCCUGUUGGAGGCAUACUUUGAGCUGGAGGAUGGUGAGGUGGAGAACCUGGCACCAGGGCUUGACGUCAGCCAAGGCACUUACGCCUUUGGCAACGGCGCGGCCCCCGGGGCUCCACAGGGGGGCUUCCAGUUCGGCAACCCCAUGUGA